AUGGUUAAUCUCCCAGUCAAUGUCCCAAACAACCGCAGAAGCUCCGCAAAAACAUGCGUCCAGUGCAGAGCUCGAAAGGUUCGAUGUGAUGGACGCCCAGGUUUCUGUCGUAACUGUGAGCGACUCAGGUUCGACUGUUCUUUUCAGCGGCCGGUUGGCAGCCCAGCGUCCAACAGAGGCUACAAGGACGAAGCCCAGCUGGAGAAGAGACGGGUGCCGACCGCUUGCACCGUGUGCAGAUCACUCAAAGUUCGCUGUCCAGGGGAAUUCCCCGCCUGUGAAAACUGUGUUCGAAAGAAUCGGCAAUGCAUCUACCUCGCCCUCAAGCAGCCCAGCCACCCAUCCCAACCGUGCGCUGUUCCCAGUGACGAAACGCAACAGAAUGAUACUCUGCCGAUCCCGACAGACCUCGAGCCGAAGACUCCCUCCAUCCGAUCAGAGGGAGGAGUGAGUCCGCCGGAGAGGUUCUCGCCUGACUCUGGCACGGUGAUCCCGUUGAUUGAAGCUUACUUCGAGCACCUGUACCCUCUUCCCGCUUACGCCUUCCUGCAUCGCAAGUCUCUAACUCAAAGGUACCGGGAAGGGUCGCUGGAAAGUUGCUUGAUCUUAGCCCUCUGUGCGGUGACCGCCCAACGGCUACGUUUUCAACCAUGCUAUCCAGAAUCGGUUUCAGACUGGGCUGAAAAGGCCGAGCAAGAUCUCAUGCACAACAUCAAAUCCCCUUCGAUUCCUCGACUACAGGCACUGGUCCUUGUGAUCCGAUAUAUGAUCGACGUCGGCCAAUUUCCCAAGGCCUUCAUGCUGGCUGCCCUUGUCGGGAGGGCUGCCGCAGCAUUACGUCUCUACUCCGAGAGACCCGAUCUUCCCUUUCUCACACAGGAAACGCGGCGGCGGCUGAUGUGGUCCUGCGUUCUGCUUGACGGUUCUUUCUCAGUCGCCCUGAGAGAAUACGAAAUCUGCCCUCCAGAAGCGAUUGAGAUCCAGCUUCCAUGUCCUGACAGAGCAUUCGAAGAGGGAACACCAAUGGUGACAGCACCAGUCCGAGCGGUCUCCAAGAACUCUGUCGAAUUACUCGGUUUGGUUGCCGCAGCGGUGCGACUGACGGCAAUUAGGAGGGAUAUCAUGAGAUUAACUCGGAGGCUCAAAUCCCCAGGUGUCAGCUUUGUCGAGCUGAUGCACUCGGUUCAAUGUUUCGAAGGUGAAAUGCAACGCCUCUAUCAGAACUUGUCUGAGCCAAACCGCUAUUCAUCGCUCAUGUUCACCCAAUCCGAAGAGCCGGUCCGCUUGCUGUUGGUCCAUCUAUCUUGGCAUCAAGCGCAUUGCGAUCUCUAUCGGAUCUUCUUGACAGGGUACCGCGAAGCUGCGCCGGUGUCUACGCUACAGAAGAUGAACGAACAGAAGAUCCUAGGCCGACAAAGUCUCUGCCUGCAACACGCCGUAGCCAUUGUUCACCUCCUUGCCCAAUUUUCAGAGCAAUGCACUGUCCAGAUCAUUGAUUUUGACACCGCAAUUUGCGCGUACCACAGCUCACGUCUGGUCCUCCACAUCGCGGGGACAAAUGUUCUUGCACAAGGACCCAGUCAAGCGGAUGCGCUGCAGAUGGCUCGGUCCUGCGCGUCUACCCUCAAAAAAUAUUUUGGAACAACCGCCAUGGCGGACCCUAUUAUAAAGGAUCUCGACACUAUCAUCACCCGGUAUUCCUGCGAAUGGGGCACAGAACCCGGCCCUCCACCGCAACGCGCUGAAGCAACUGGAGAAGACGACGAAGCCACACAGACCAGAACGAGGCAACAGUUCGCCAUUCACAGCCUAUUCCGCCAAGCCAAUUUUGACGGGGACAGCAACCAUGACACGAUCAUAUCCGAGACCACGCCUUCAAUGGUCGAAUUUCAGCUCGCCACAAUGCCGCAAAUACGGUCGAGACUGCUGGUGCCCGCGGGGUCAGGAGCAGCCACGCCGCCUGGGGGGCUUCCACAUGGCGAUUUGCAAAACAGCGGCAGCGAGAUGACGCCCGAACAGCAACAAGCAGGACAUCUACAAGCAGAUCCGGCGCCCACAAGGCCGAAUACGCUCGCCGACCCAAUGCUGGAUUACGACCGCAGUUGCGAGGAGUUGGAAAACGACAUGCAACUCGUGUUCAAUCCUUGGAUGGGGUUUUCGGAAUCCCUCGAGUCCUACGGCCUGACGUUGACUCUGGACGAAGACUACUUCUAACCCCAUCUGUAGACUGAAGUCACGACGAAAGUAGAAGACAAGGGUACUAAGGC